AUGGCGAAGACAAAGCCCCGAAGAAAGCCGGACCUGGCGGCUGCCACCACCGCCGGGCCGAAGGCCACCACCCCACCGUGCACCGAGUGCGGCAAGCGCUUCUCUUCCUGGAAGGCCCUGUUCGGGCACAUGCGCUGCCACCCCGAGCGCCAGUGGCGCGGCAUCAAUCCCCCGCCACACCUCCGGCGUCCGCUCCCCCUCGCGAGCCCGACUCCAGAGGAACACUUCACCGAUGAGGAGUACGAGGUGGCCGCCAGCCUCAUCCUGCUCUCCCGUGGCCCUCACAGGAACAUCAGCGCCCUUUGCCGGGCGGAACCAGAGCGCGCGGACGCAAUGCAGCCCUUCUCCUUCCCGCAGCCGCAGCAGACAAGUGGCAGCGCCCUAGUAGGUUCAGAAGAUGCGUGCCGGAGUUGGAAGAGAGCAUGGGAGGCGGGUGAGGCAACGAGGUGCUAUCACAAGUGCAAAUGCGACGUUUGCUCGAGGGGCUUCGCCGCUGGCCAGGCUCUUGGGGGGCACAAGCGGCAUCACUGGGAGAGAGAGGAGGACAUUGUUGUGGGCUGUUCAUCUUCUGGGAACUACGAUUUGGACCUCAACUUGCCCCCCCCUUCGCUAGAGAACAACGAAGCCAACCCAAGCACUGUUUUGGACUUAAGGUUGGGCAUUUGA